GUAUCAGCUUACUGCUGUCUCAGAGGUAACGCAUGCAUGGAUGAAUAAGGGUGCAAAUGGCGGAUAGAGACAAACGCACACCGGCAUCACCUGGAUCUCCCUUCAGUGGCUUGCACAUUGUAUCUCCUCCCCAUUUCAAGCUGACCCAUGACAUCAGUCUGGAUGAGUUUGAGGAUGAAGACCUAUCUGAAAUCACUGAGAUUGCUGAUGAGUGUGGCAUGAGCCUUAACUGCAAUAGUCUGGACAUAAAGGGUCACAUGACACGGGAGUCCAAUAGCGGCGCAGGGAAGGCCGAUGGGAACGUGGCCAGCAAGCUGCAGGCGGAGAUGCUUCACUUGGACCUGAUCGAUGCUGUGGGUGAGAUUCAGGGCGAAGAAGCUGCACUACCCACCACGGAGCCCACAGCAAAAGAAAUAGCUCCCGUUACCAUGGAUACUUAUCGGCCCAAGAGACCCACCACCCUUAACCUUUUUCCACAGGUGCCUCGGACACAGGACACGCUGAACAACAACUCGCUUGGGAAGAAGUAUAGCUGGCAAGAGAAGGUCUCACACUCAUCAUCCCCACUCAAGACAGGAGAUCUGACACCCCCACAUGACCAUAUAUGCCUGAGCGAGAAGGAGAAGGUUCAGCACAGCAGCGGCCACACCAAAGACAAAGGCACCUCCACGGACGGCCCAUGCCAGAGGAGCUUGUCCACCCAGAGCAGUGGGGGCACCUAUUCCAAGGUACCAGACAGGCCCCCCCCGCAGCCCCCCGUGCAAGGCGGCAAGGUCAGUGGGGUGGGGGAGGCUCACCGCGAGCGUAUCCGCUACCACACGGAUGUGUGCCUGGAGCCCACUGAGGAGAUCUACCUAACCCCAGUGCAGAAGAACUCUGACCCCAUUGAGCAGGACAGGCCCUUCCUGUCUCAGCCCAGUGAGAGUAACCGCAUGUCUGUCAGCUCAGAUGCCGAAGGCCCCCCACCCUACCAGCCCCUCCCUGACCGAACCAACCCCUCAAUUAGUGAGGAGGAUGAAGUAAACCAGCUGGCCACCUCCACCGUAGCUGCCCUGGACGUUUCCGCACGGCGGCCGGGGCCCAGGAGGGCCAGUGAGGCUCAGGAUGACACCUUUCUAGGGGCCGAGGCAGGUGCAGCACGGACUUCCAUCAGCUCGGAGGCCAGUGGGCUCUCUUACGACUCGGUGAAGUACACGCUGGUGGUGGAUGAGCAUGCGCAGCUGGAGCUGGUCAGCCUAAGGCAGUGCUACCAGAGCUACAGCGACGACAGCGACUCGGCCACUGUCUACGACAACUGUGUCUCCUCGCCCUAUGAGUCGGCCGUCGGUGAGGAGUACGAGGAAGAGGAGACGAGCAGCCUGCGGCCAGACGCCACUUGCUUGUCUGAGGAUUCCACUCCUGAGGCUGACCUGCCGUUCUCCCGCAAGUUCCUCAAUGUCUUCAUGAACGGGCGAUCGCGCUCUUCCAGUGCAGAGUCCUUUGGGCUGUUCUCUUGUUUCAUCAAUGGGGAGGAGAGGGACCAGAGUCAUAGGGCAGUAUUCAGGUUCGUCCCACGCCAUGGUGAUGAGCUGGAGCUGGAAGUUGACGACCCGCUGCUUGUGGAAGUGCAGGCGGAGGAUUACUGGUAUGAGGGCUACAACAUGCGCACUGGGACCCGCGGCAUCUUCCCGGCCUACUAUGCUAUCGAGGUUGCCAAGGAACCUGAGAGCCUGAAAGAGCGAAGCAGUGACUGGGUGGACAAGUUCAGGGUGAAGUUUCUGGGCUCCGUCCAGGUGCCAUACCACAAAGGGAAUGACAUCCUCUGCGCUGCAAUGCAGAAGAUUGCCACCAACAGAAGAAUGACAGUGCAGUUCAAUCCACCCUCAUCCUGCAUACUGGAGAUCAACUUAAAAGGAGUGAAAAUCGUGGUGCAGAAUGACUACAGAGAGAAUACAUGCAGUCACUUCUUUCAGCUUAAGAACAUCUCCUUCUGUGGAUAUCACCCAAAGAACAAUAAGUAUUUCGGCUUCAUCACAAAGCACCCAGCAGAUCAAAGGUUUGCCUGUCAUGUGUUUGUGUCUGAGCACUCCACUAAGCCUCUGGCAGGAUCCGUGGGGAGAGCUUUCCAGCAGUUCUACAAGGAGUUUGUGGAAUACACGUGCCCAACAGAAGACAUCUACCUGGAGUAGCCUGCCUUGGUCCUCUCUAGAGCCUUGUACAUCAUUGUGUAUCAUAACUUGUUGCAUGAUGAAUCCAAAAGAUGAAAAUCUACAUUUAAAAAAGAGAAUGAGGCAUCUGCUUUCUGGCCAAAACAUUUUCUUAGAUUCAAAGCUAAAUUGGGCGCAUUGCUCAUUAUUAACACAUGGCCCAGUUCUUAUAAACAUCUCAGUAGGGAACAAGCACAACAUUCAAAGCACCGUUGUAGUAUUUCCCUCUGUUGAGUGGAUCUGGAAUAGAUUGGUCUAUCCAUACAUAAAUAUACACACACACACACACACACACAGGUUUGUAAUUAUAUCUUUGUGGGGACUCUCCAUUCAUUUCACAAGAUAACCUUAACCCCUACCCAGCCCCUAACCUUAACCAUAAGUAACCAAACUAAAUACGAGACUAGUUUUUUGACUGAAUUCACAUAUCUUUGUGGGGACCUGAAAAAUGUUCCUCACAAUGUCAAAAUAGCAGGUUUUUAUUACAUUGUGGGGAACAUUUGGUCCCCACAACAUAAUAUAAACAUAAUCCACACACACACACGCACACCCAUCCACACAUACAUACAUGUUCUUGCAUCAAAGUGCUGAUAUACAAAGAAAAUGCUAGAAGCCACAGAUCAGAUGUCUGAUAAAAGGUCAUGGGCAAUUUUUCUGAAGGUUUUCUUUUUUUUUAUACAGUAAACUGUAAUGACAUCAGAUUAGCAGGCAUUUUCUUGGUGACCCAUAUUUGCACUUGGAUAAAGACCAAACAUGUGACAGUUUCUUUGAUUUUUGAGCUUGUGAUUCUCCUGUACUGAAUGUACGCUGGUUCCUGCCAUGUUUUAUUUGAGUUUAGAGAAAUUGGGGGGGGGGGGGCAUUUUAAGGAUGCGCUGGAGAACUUGAUAACCUGUUUAAAAUGGAGGUUUCAAUUCUAUUGCUGUUAUUCAUGAAGAAGACUCGCUGGUUAAUUAGUAGCCAGCUAUUUAAAAAUGAAAGUAUGGGUUCUAUAUCAUUUUUUACAGCAAGCACUUCAUUUGGAUAUGUGGUCAUUAAAAUGAAAUCUAGAUAUGCCCUGCUCCAGUUGUGGAAAUAGGGAACUGUGUCAGAUGUAAAUGAUUCAUGCAGGUCAGUGACUGUCCUACCUGGAGUAAAGUGAAGUAAAGUGGGAUCCCGCCACUGUUGUAUUGCUACUUUAGUGGAAGGAUAUGAAGUAUCCACUGUUUUACACUUAAUGUAUUCUUAUUUUGAUAAUAACCCACAGGUAAUUAAUAAUGUAAGGUGUGGGUGGACAUUCACACUAUUUCCCAGCAACCACAGAAAGGGCUACUCUGUUCGAGGUUUUUGCCAAACUGUAAUGCAGGUUUUAGGACACAUUUAAUGGUGAUUCAAUGAACAUGUUUUGUUUAAGGGAAAAUUGGGUUGUUUCACCCAGAAACUGCAGACAAAGUACCUAACAACCCACCCAAAAUAGAUAUAAAAUGUAUGUGAAAUAAAGCUAUUUUUAAAUGUGAAGCUAGGGAGAAUCUGUUUAACAGAGGAUGUGAUUUUGUCUGGGAAGCAGAGAGAUUAUAGGAGUCCUGGUAUUUUCAGAUAUUCACAAUUUGUGCCUAUUAUUUAAGGUUAUUAUCAUGGUAACAUGAGGUGCCCAUGAAGCCAAUUAAUGUUCUGUCACACUGUGCUGGUCACACUCUCCUGAACAGCUGAAAGCUGUCUGCAUGUGACAUUCUCCAGCGUGUAGAUCAGAUUUAACAUGAGCUCAAAGGAAGAAAAGGAGUCUAACACAAUAUAUCGUUCUUAUGAAUUUUAGAUAUCGUUGCAGAGAGUAGGUUUUCAACCAGGAUCUUUGGAAUGUUCUGCAGACAUUUCUUUAAUUAUAUAGCAGUUUAAAAGUUCCAGAAUAUGGACAAAACUAUGAAUGAAUGGCAGAUCGCAUUUAUAUCAUUCUGAAUGGGCUCUUUAAGAAUGGGAUGAGACAUACGUUGUUUAAAUUCUCGUAACCUCGUCACAUGGACAGGUAAACAGCUAUGCUGACAGUAGCUCAGUAAUGCAUCAAGCUAAGACAAGCAUGAUGUUGGAGUCUGUUCACUUUUGAAACAUUGUUCACUCCAGACAUACCUGAAAAACUUGACGCAUAACAUGCCACAACAUCCCUGUCAGAUUGUCCAUGCAGUUCAGCUGUAGUCCCUGGCUCUGCUAUCAUUGCAAAUAUUAGUUCUGCAUUGCCAAAACCAGGGAAUGGUGAUAUACUCAAUAGAAGAAAUUCUUAUAGGCAACGGCAUCUUGACCUGUGUUUAAUGGCGGGGUACGAUAAACAAAAGAGAAAUUAUUCUGGAUCGGCAGAUGCAAAUGAGCCCAAAAGCAGUCUUAUUGUCAGACCUAUUUCGCAUUUAUUGAACCUUAGUUUUGAAUGCUUUUUAAAUAUAGUGGCUACUCUUGUUGGGACACUGAAGUAAGUAAGUACCAUUGUACACAAGAAGAUGUCUGAGCAAGUGUUUAACAUUCUCACUGUGGAAAGGAGUCAUGGUUUUAUUGAUUUUAUUUUACAUCUUAUUAUAUGCAAACUGAGCUGUCAUUGCAAACCAACAGAAGCUAUCAUUUUACUGGAUGUCCUGCUGGAAGUUUUUGCAUAUUUAUCACAUAAGCAAGGCUUGAAUUGUGUGUGAAUAAAGGUGAAGAUGAUGUCCUAAUAUGUAAUGAGAGCAUAAUGCUUCCAUGAUUCAUUUUUGAGUAAAACGGACUAAUGUCAGAAACUUUGUGCAUUACAUUAUUUUCAAACUCUUAACAUUAACAUAUGAAGAAAUGGUAAAGAAUUAAAAAGGUGUAAAGAUAUGGCAUAUAAGACAUAUACUAUAUAUUGUAAUUACAGUGUUACACUGUACCAAUUCAUACUGUAGUAUUUGAAAUUCUUAUUUUUUGGUUUUUGAAGUGUGAAUUUUAUUCUUUAUUUAAAGUUUUCAAAGCAG